AUGGCAGGCGGCGACAUGCUUCCACUCCCGCCGCAUUUCCACCCGCUUCAGGCGCUCUGGCCGUCGCUCUUCAACGCUUCCUCGCUCUCGCUGCCAUCGCAGCAGCUCGCCGAGUCCCUUUUCGACGUCGCAGGCUUCGCCGCCUUCGCCACGCUCUACGCGUUCGCGAUCUCAUUCGUCUUCCCAUGCCCCCCGCAUCAGCCGCUCAUGCUAGGCAAAAGGUCUCCGCAAAUGAAAAUUGGUGGGAGUGCUCUGGCCGCUCGCCCUGAUAGGAUGAGGGUUCCUCUGCUAAGGCGUCUGAGUAACAUUCUUCCGCUGAUUUCUCUCACCUCCAGUUACAUGAGAUUCGCCUUAGUGCUGGUAGCAUGUGCAGCCACGAACUACCUGCUGUGGGCGUACAACGUGUUCUGCUUCCUGCUGCCCACCGUUGUGCCUCGCAUCUUCGAGCAGGAUAUUGCCUCACGAGCUAAAGCUAGUGGCUCAGCUGGAGUGGAGGCAGCGAAUGGUAGCAGCGGUAGUAAAGGAAAGAAAGGUGGUAAGAGCCUGUAA